GUCAAAAAAUUCAACACACCAGCAGUGUGAGGAGACCUGAAAGUGGCACAUGGCAUGGCAGAGUGUGGCGAUGGAGACAGCAGCAAUGGGAGGCCGUACAGGGACCCAUGAGAGACUCUGGACCUGGCAGCAGCAUGAGGAAGCGGUAUAUAGGGGCCUAUGGCAGAUUAGGGGCCUGGCAGCAGCUAUAGGAGGCCCAUAAUCUGCCAGCACCCUAUGUCAAAAAAUUCAACACACCAGCAGUGUGUGAGGAGACCUCAAAGUGGCACAUGUUUGAGGCAUGAUUCAUGGUGGAUUUAGUCAGUUGUGUCAGGAACU